AGCUUGGAUAAGAGAGUGUACUCGUAACAGGAUCUAUCAUUCAUCACCCAUCACUUGUCUCGGGGACUCUAGCACAGACAGCAAAACACUGAUCACCAAACCCUAAUUUACAGCCCUCGGCGCUUACAUUCAUUUGUCAACCUUGGAAAAUGGGUUUCAGUCCCUCUUCCUGACUCAAAAUCUGGUAUUUACCAGGCGUUGUAGAUGUUCCUGUAAGCUGGUUUCCGAGGUUUGUGUGGUUCAAUCUCUGUAAAAGUGUAAAGCUUUCAUGGGUUAUCAGGAAUGUUUGGCAUUCAGUUUAUUUUAGGGUGUUUUUUGAAAGUAUUUCUAGAGAGAUCUAUGGAAAAGUGACAAACUUUGAUUGGAUUUGGCGGUUUAUCUUAGUUGAUCUAUUGUUUUUCGGUUAUUGGAUUUAUCAGUGUAGUAUAUAUCGGUUGAGUAUAGUUUUUGUAGAUCUACAAACAGUGCAUCAGUGGCUGAAAACUGUGUAUAUAAGACCUUGGGUUGAAAAAUGGAGUGCGGAUGUAACAUUUUGUGGUGAAUUGUGCUGAUUGAUAUUCACAUUUGAGGGAAGAAAUUUUUUAUCAACGGUUGUCCCCUUUGAUUAAAAGUAAAGGUUUUAGCAUUUCAGGCUUCUGGGAUUUCAGUGAUGUCUUUGAAGAGUAUAUUUCAGGAUAUGAAAGGUGAGUUUGGGAGCAUUUCUAGGAAAAGCUUUGAUGUGAAAUUUGGUAUAAGAUCAAGGUCUCAACGGGUGGUUCAGGAUACCACCUCAUUUCGAGUUGAUGCUUUGAAGCAGAGUUGUUGGGCUAACAUGCCACCGGAGCUUUUGAGGGAUGUGUUGAUGAGAAUAGAGGCAUCUGAUGAUACAUGGCCUCCGCGGAAAAAUGUAGUUUCUUGUGCUGGUGUUUGCAGGAAUUGGAGAGAAAUCAUGAAAGAGAUUGUGAAAUCCCCAGAAGUUUCGGGCAAGCUGACAUUUCCAAUCUCUUUGAAGCAGCCUGGUCAAAGGGGAUCCCUUCUUCAGUGUUAUAUAAAGCGGAGUCGUAGCAACCAGACAUAUUAUCUUUUUCUGGGUUUAAAUCAAGCCUCAACUGAUGAUGGGAAGUUCCUUCUUGCUGCAAAAAAGUGUAGACGCCCAACCUGCACAGACUACAUCAUCUCUGUAAAUGCUGAGGAUGUGUCAAAAGGGAACAGUGGCUUUGUCGGAAAGCUCAGAUCAAAUUUUCUGGGCACUAAGUUCACAAUCUAUGAUGCGCAACCUACUAAUACUGGAGCCAAAGUCACUAAAUGUCGUUCAACCAGGCUUGUAAAUAUGAAACAAGUCUCCCCCAGGGUUCCUGCUGGCAACUAUCCUGUGGCCCACAUUGCUUAUGAGUUGAACGUCUUGGGUUCCAGAGGUCCGAGGAGAAUGCAGUGUGUAAUGGAUGCCAUCCCUGCCCGUGCUGUUGAGCCAGGAGGCGUGGCACCCACACAGACUGAAUUUGUGCAUAGCAACCCAGAUAGUUUUCCAUCUAUCCCUUUUUUCAGAUCAACAUCAACCCGGAUGGAGAAUUUCGAAUCUGGCGAGAAUGGAGGUAUGCUGGUAUUGAGGAACAAGGCGCCUAGGUGGCAUGAACAACUCCAGUGCUGGUGUCUCAACUUCAAUGGACGAGUAACAGUUGCUUCCGUCAAGAAUUUUCAGCUUGUUGCUUCCCCAGAGAACGGAGUUGCUGCUGGCCAGGAGCAUGAGAAUGUCAUCCUCCAGUUUGGAAAAGUGGGUAAGGAUGUAUUCACCAUGGAUUAUCAGUAUCCAAUCUCAGCCUUUCAGGCAUUUGCAAUUUGUCUGAGCAGCUUUGACACCAAGAUUGCUUGUGAAUGAUUGGCAAGCGCUAAGCAGGUUGCAAUCCACAGUCGUAAUGCUUGGAAUUCCAGUAGUCUGUAUUUAAAUCAAAACCUGUUUCCUUUUUUCUUUUUAUCCUUUUCCUUUUCCUUUUCAGAAGUGCUUUUCGUAUUCUAAAGAUAUGCAAAAUCUUUCACGUUACAGUAUUUUGCUUAAACAUUAUUUCCCUUCAUAUCUAGAAUGAUAAGCCUCCUGUCUUUUCUGUUUGGUUGUAAAUACGAGAAA